AUGUCCCCAGGGGGGUGUGAGGAGUGCGAGGCCUGGCUGGGCCCGGGGGGGUCCCCACGGCCGUGUGGGCCCGGAGCCCCCGCGGAGGGAGCGGCCCCAGAGCUCCAAGAUCCCCCCACUGAAGAUGACAUCUACUGCCGCUGCCUGUCGCGCACCCUGUGCCACACGGCCACCCCGGUCACCGUCGGCUUCUACGCGCCCUGCGGCCACCGCCUCGAGUCCCUGCUGGCCAAGGUCACCGCCUUCAUGCGGGAGGAGAUGGCCCGACGCGAAGCCGCCGAGCUGCGCCGCGGCCACCGGAAGCCGCGCAGCCCCCACGGCUGGGGCCUGCUGGUGGCCCUGUGGCUCUUGGCCUUCUACGAGCCCGUGGUCACCGAGAGCCACCUGCGCCGCAAGAACCUGGAGUUCAUCUUCAUCCGCUUCAGCGCCUGGGAGUUCGAAGGCUGCGACAAACUCUGGGCCGGCUUGGUGACGACGUUGUGCCAAAACAUCCGGCGGCAUUUCGGCGCGUUGCCGCUCAGCGUCUUCCACGUUUUGGGAACGCGGCCGCGUUUCGCUUCCGGCUUCUCCCAGCGCGAGUGGGUGCUGAAGAAAGGGACCUGCCUGCGGCUCUGGGGGUUGCUCCUGGUGCUGGCCGCGGGCAUCGCCAUCCUCUUGGUGGCCUUGUUGGUGCCGGGCAUCAAGGAUCACCACGCGUUGAAGGUGGUGGGCAGCGCCGUGGCGUCGUUGUCCGGUUCUUCGUUGGUGUUGGGCGCUUUGUCCAUCCUCAAGAACUUCUUGAUCAGCGAGAAGAAGAAAAUCGAGCGUUUGACCAACAGCGAAAGGUUCGCCGGGCAGUUGGGUUUCAUGAGUAAAAUCCGCGGCGAGGUGGAAGUUUUGGUGGAUUUUUUGGCGUUCAUGGAAGUUUUCGAGCGCCGGCGGCUUCGAGUGGUGUUGGAAAUCACCAGUUUGGAUCUCUGCUACCCGGAAAAAGUGGCCGGAGUGUUCAACGCCAUGGCCACGCUGCUGUCGGACGCCAACGCUCCGUUCAUCUUCGUGCUGGCCGUGGAUCCCAGCGUCAUCGUGCCGUGCCUGGAGCAGACCGGCUGCAUGAAGGGUUUGGCGGAUAACGGUUACCUCUACCUCAACCGCGCCGUCACGUUGCCGUUUUCCAUCCCGGAAAUGGGCGCCCGUUCCAGGUUACGAAGCGUCGAAGCCGCCAUCCAAACGCGGGAAGAUCUCAUGUACCGAAUCAUCGCCGGCAACGUCGCCAAAACCCGCGGCGGCGGCGGCGUGGCGGCGGCGGCGUUUCCCGGUUGGAAGGAGGUGGAUUCCGAGGCCGUGGUGUGGAUUCACGAAGCGUUCCGGUGCCUCCACGAUGGUUCUGACGUUUUGUCCCGUUACCUCCCGGAGAACGGCGCCAACGUCCGCAGAAUCGUCAACACCAUCCCCAUCACGUUGAGGUUGCUCUUGCACCGUUCCGGCGGCGGCGUCGCCGAAAUCCUGUCCCCUCGCGCCGCGGCGGCCUGGGUGGUUUUGGCCGAUCGUUGGCCGUGUCGGCUCAGUUGGGCGUUGCAAUGUUUGGAAGACGCCGGGCAGGGCGCGGCGACGCCGGAACUUUCCGGCAAAUCCCUUUGGAGCAUCUUCCGAGAGAACGCCGGAGAGUUGAGCUCGCUCCGGCAACCGUUGGGCAAAGUGUUGAGUUUGGACGACGAUCCGGAGCUUUUCCAGGAAUUCCUGGCUCGGGAUUUCCCGUUCGGCGCGGCCGAGGCGCGGCGGCUCCUGGCGGUGACGGUGAAUUUGGAUCAUUCCAUCCGGCGCCAGAUGGGAUUCUUGAGGGCCUUGGCGCGGAUCGGCAAAACCGCGCCGGUGUCGCGGGGGGUGCAGUGUCCCUGCGGGCCCUGAGCCGCGCGGAAGUUGGGAUUCUGGGGGAUUAUUUUGGGAUUAUUUUGGAUUGUUAAGGGAUUAUUUUGGAUUUUUGGGGAUUAUUUUGGAUUUUUGGGGAUUAUUUUGGAUUUUUGGGGAUUAUUCUGGAAUUUUUUUGGAUAAUCAAGGGAUUAUUUUGGAUUUUUUGGGGAUUAUUUUGGAUUUUUGGGGAUUAUUCUGGAAUUUUUUUGGAUAAUCAAGGGAUUAUUUUGGAUUUUUUGGGGAUUAUUUUGGAUUUUUGGGGAUUAUUUUGGAAUUUUUUUGGAUAAUCAAGGGAUUAUUUUGGAUUUUUGGGGGUUAUUUUGGAUUUUUUG